AUGGUAGCUGAAGUUUCUGAUAUUGAGAUCAAGGAGACCUUCUGGUCUCUUCAUCUUGGUAAAGCUCCUGGUCCUGAUGGUUAUAAUGCUGGUUUUGUUAAAGGUAGGAGGAUAGCUGAUAACAUUUUCCUUACCCAGGAGCUCAUGAGAGGAUACCAUAAGUCUUCAUCCUCUCCCAGAUGCGCUAUGAAGUGGCUACAAGCCUGUGUCACUACUGCUAAUUACUCCCUUAGCAUCAAUGGUGAAGUCACUGGAUACAUUUUAGGUAAAAAAGGGCUUAGACAAGGAGAUCCUUUGUCUUCAUACCUAUUUGUUAUUGUGAUGGAGAUUCUCACUUGCCUUCUUAAGGAGAAAUCCCUUCUUCAUGAUUUCCAUUUCCAUUGGAGAUGUGGAGCUACUAAGCUUGUCAAUCUCUGUUUUGCUGAUGAUCUUAUGAUAUUUUAUAAGGGAGAGCUCACUUCAAUCAAUCAUAUUCAGGAUGCAUUCUCUGAAUUUCAAUCCCUGUCAGUGGAUAACAUUAUUGCUAAAACCAAGUCCUGGACCAACAGAGACCUCACCUAUGCUGGUAGGGUCCAGUUGAUUAGAAAUGUCCUCUUCUCUAUGCAAACAUAUUGGUCUUCACUGUUUAUCAUUCCUAAAAAGAUUGCUGUGUGUAUAGCACAGUUCAUUAGCAAAUUUGGUAAUAGAAUUGCUUAUGAUUCUGGUAUUCCAAAGGAUGCCAAUGUGUCCCACAUCAUUCAUAAUUCAAAUUGGGCAUUCCCCAUUACUCAAACUUUGGAGCUUAAUGAGAUGAGAAGUUCUUUGCCUCCUCUUGUUCAGUCCAGUUUGAGUGGGGCUGAUCAUGUUAGAUGGACUCUCACAUCCAAAGGCCAGUUCUCAAUUGCCUCUUUAUGGGACAAACUGAGAACUUCCUUUCCUUGGGUCAUGUGGCAUAAGUUGUGCUUGGUAGCUUCUUCAAAGUUCGACCUGAGGGUGUUACUAGUUCUUCUAAUUCAUAAGAGUUCAGUUAUAUUGCUUACUUCUAAUUACCAGUACGUUGCUACCAGUUUUGAGGCUGCCACCUUGCUGCCAAUUACUUAUGGUGCUGCUGCACUUGUGAUAGCUGCUGCCAUCUGCUUCAUUCGUUGA